AUGAGUACCACUAAAGAGGAAAGGUCUCAACCAAAACGCGCUUUGUCACUUGACGAUUUGGUUAAUCACGAUGAGAAAGAUGUGAAAAGGCGAAACGCUAAUGAACAAAAUGGAGAUGCAAUUGAGUCCGACGACUCCAAUUCUUCCAGACUUGGUCCAUUGAUGGAUGAUGAGACAGACACAGAUGAUGAUGUCGGGGGAAAUGGUGAGGUUAAUUUCAACACAGAGAUGACUUUUGACUACGACAAACAGGAUAGAGAUUCUCCACAAAAGAAACAAACGCAAGCGCCUGCAGUUCAAAAUAUUGAGACACAAACGUCGAACAGCGGUACUGCGAAGCAGGAUGAAGGAGCUGCUUCUUCUGUGAGCACGAUUUUCGAAGAAAAGGCAUCUUUACAAUCAAAGAAAAAUAAUUUGAAGAAGGAUCUUCGAAUUCUCAAUGAAAUAGCAGCAACUUCUAAGCCCAACAAAUACAAUAAUGUUCCAAUCUGGGCUCAGAAAUGGAAGCCUACUAUUAAAGCAUUGCAAAAUAUUGAUAAAAAGGAUUUAAAGAUUGACAAUUCAUUCUUGAAUAUCAUACCGGAUGAUGAUCUAACUAAAUCCGUUCAAGAUUGGGUUUACGCAACGAUAUACUCGAUUCCACCUGAUUUGAGGCCGUUAAUCGAAAUGGAAAUGAAGUUCGGUCUCAUAAUGGACAGAAAGACGCCGGAUCGUAUCAGUCCGCCCAUAUCGUCGCAGGCGGUCUACACUGAAUUAGACGCACAUAUGACACCCAACAUCGAGGCUCCCGUUUUCGAAGAAUUGAAGAAAUAUCUGCGUGGAAUCAGUGAGGUGAGCGAAAACUCGGGCAAAUUCAGUAUUAUCGAAUCACAAACAAGAGACUCGCUGUAUAGGGUCGGCGUCGCAACCCAAAGGCCCCGUUUCUUGAGAAUGAGUACAGAUAUUAACACCGGCAGAGUAGCCCAAUUCAUAGAGAAAAGGAAAGUUGCCCAUUUGUUGUUGUUCUCGCCGAAGGAUAGUUAUGAUGUGAAGAUCUCGAUUAAUCUGGAAAUUCCGGUAUCAGAUACAGAACCACCUGAAAAAUACAAAGAUCAGACUCCCAUGAGUGAAAGAGGAAAGCAGCGUGUAAGUUUCAUCCAUAACGAUUCCUGCACCAGAAUAGAUGUGACGAAAGUCGAGAAUCAGAGGAAUGGUAGAGGCAACCCAGAGGUGACUCACGAAAUUGAACUUGAAAUCAAUACACCUGCACUGCUAAGCGCCUUCAACGACAUCACUUCAGACAGUAAGGUAUAUGCCUCGGUUAUCAGGACUUUUCUAAAUAACGGUACUUUGAUAAGAAGGAAGUUGAGUACGCUGUCUUAUGAUAUUUUUGAAGGUCAGAAGAAGGGCAUGUAA